UACAAGAACUUAAAAUAUACGAGAUACGUGAAAGUAAAUAAAUAAGAUGGUGUUGUGGAUUCAAUUUAACUCCGAUUUUGAAUGUCACCAUAUCUUCGUCAUGAGUCUCGAUAGGAAAUAAAAUACCGUGUGAAUAAAAUAACCAAAAUGCAACAUUCCACGGAUAUAUUAUCACCCCAGGACCUUCUAGCGGAGGUUAGAAAGUUCAUUUCGGGGGUUGUGAGGAAUACUCACGGUACAAACACCCUGGAAUUAGCAAGAACGGCUCUAUCUCUUCUGCGAAAUUUACCUGCUGCAAGAGAUGCUGUGCUUGAAUAUUUUUGCACCGUAUUUUCCGUAUGCGUAAGCAAACACGUUAGGCAGAUCGAGAAAAACCAGAAUCAACCUAUACACGAAGAAACAACUAUAGCCGAGAUACAUAAUGUUUUGUGUACGUUUGUCAAUGCCAAUCCAGAAGCCUGGGCACCAAUCAUUUCGGCAUGGUCCCUAGAAUUACUCGGCAAAUUAUCAUCAGAUUACGCUAAUCGAGGUAACUUGCCUAAAAAUGCUGGUAUUAACGACUUCCUUCAACAAUGGAUGUCGUGUCGAGCGACGCGGACACUGAUUGACAUAACAACGCAGUGUUUGCAAUGCCUAAUGCACCUGGAAACUGAAUCAUGUAUUAAAGCCUUGUUAGACACCAGCGUUUCCCACAGCCCCCACUUUGAUUGGGUUGUAGCUCAUGUUGGUAGCUGCUUCCCAAACACUGUUAUAACUAGAGUGUUGACCUGUGGAUUGAAGGAUUUUUGCGCCAUGGGAUACGAUCAGAAUAUUAAAAAUCCAAAACUUAACUCCGUUGUUGGAAUACUCGGACAUUUAGCAGGCAGUCACGUCAAUGAUAUUAGGACUGCGUUGCUUGAUUUGUUCACGUGGAGCUUGGACGAAAAUAUCAAUCUGGAUGAGGAUACCAAAUCACAAAAACUUGCCACAGUUCCAUUUCUAUUGAAUUUAGCAUCUUUGUCACAAACACUCUUGAAGGCUCUUACGACUGAUGUUUUACAAACUUUGAGGCCUGACAUAAUACCACAGUUGGCUUUGUUUGCUUGUGAUUGGUGCAAAUAUUUCAAUGAUGAACCAGAAGCGUUAAUAGACUUAACAGUUCACUUAGCUCUGGGCUGUGAGCAGGGUGCCUCUCAAAUCGUGAAUAUUUUACUGGAUACGAGCUUAAAUCAAAGCAACGUUGGUUAUCACAGUGUGAAUGCUGCACAAAGUGUCAAGAAUGUCUGUAGAGAAAUACUUGAAUUAAUUCUUCAGGAGAUUGACUCCCUUGUGAGAGCACACGGCCCGCAAUCAUCAAACAUAGCUUUGUUAAAUUCUGUAAAACAGGAACUCUCCUUUAUUACUCCAUUACUUCUCAAUGCAAAUCCAUUAAGGGUUCAAACUGCAGUUCGUAUCCUUUCUCUUUUGGGUGCACAAAGUCCAAACGUCCUAGUAUCAUCCGCCUCUUUUAUGCUGCGAAAAGGAGAAACUAAAUUUCACCUCGCCGCGCUUAUGAGACUAGUCACGGACAAUGUAAAUACUUUUGCCAUCAAUACAACCGAUAAUGAAAAUAGUGUUGUGGGAAACGGAUAUUUUUCUCAAGCUGUCGAGCAAGCAAUCAGAGAAUCACAAUAUACAACUGCAUCAAACCAUGGCGAGGGAAGGCAGUUAUUCAAAAAUCUAAUAACUCUAUUGAAAUGGGAGAAAAGUGAUCAAGUUCUUAUCCUGAGAUCGGGGAUUGUCACACGUGCUGUUAGAUCAAAUUUACAACAGAUCUCCAGUAUGCUGAUGAAAAUAGAUGAUCCCCUCCUUGCUCACGAUAUAGCUGGAAUACUAGAUCUACUUUGUAUUCCUGAUAGAGAUCAUUACGUUCCAAGCAUUCAACUUGCCUUACAGCUUACCAGAUCUAUGAUUCGAUAUUUUUUCAUCUGUAUUGAGGAAAAUGAUGUAAUCAAGAAGAUGAAGGGUGUCAGAGUUGUCUGUCGUUUUCUUCAUAUUCUUACUUGUUACUCUCAAUGUGCAAGAGUUUUAGCUCUGAGAGAACUUUUAGAGCAAAGUAUAUAUAAUGAACCAGCUAAAUACUUUGGUGCGAAAGAAAAGUUUGAACCUAAGAUUGAAGAUAUUCUUUUAUUAGAACAAAAUCAUAAGCAGGGCACGAGUGUAAUGUUGGCUCAAAGACAUUCUUCUGUAUUUCAUGCUGGAGUGAUAGGCCAGGGCCCUCGAAAACCACCACCAGAAAAUCUGAUCGAUAAGGAAACUAUAACUUUAAAUACAACUCUACUUAUGGAUGCAAUAAAGUCUUGCUGCAGCAAUCCAGAGUUAGGUCAACAUCCUGUAAAUUUGGAUGCUAUAUCUAUGGUCAGUUUACUCUUAGUGGAAUUAGUUUCUCCUGACGUUAUGUACAACGGACUACCGUGGCCUGACGAAGAGUUUACCAAGGUAACAGUUGAACGAGACUUGCAAAUACGCCGUACGUUCAAAGAUGUCCCGCUGCUGUGGUCACUCCUAGAGCUAACGGCUCGCUAUCGUCCAGCCCUGGCUUAUUGCUCUGUACUCCUAAGAGCUAUUGCUGCAACAGUCUUGGCUAACUGGAGCCCAGUAGAAGGUGUCUUACUUGCAAAUGUUAUGGCUCUUGGAUUGCUGCUACCUCCUCCGUUAGCCAGUAUUAGAGAUGUUUUGCCUAAUAUCAAACAGCAUCAAAUUAAUUUAGUAUUGAGGGAGUGCAUAUGGGCUUACAUGCAUGAAAACGUUCCAUCACCAGCCCUAUUUACACGCAGUGAAGGAAGCAAUGUUGCAUGGCGCGAUCCAGACUCUUCAACACUGAAUCCUCGAUGCAUAGAAACUCUUCGCCUCAUUGUUUUAGCGAAUAUACAUCGAAUGGGUGCUCUGUAUUCCGCUCUGUUUUUACACGACCGCAAAUAGACCUUGUGUACUCCAGAUUUUUGAGUUUCCUUAAAAACAUUCAUCUACAACAAUACUUCCAGAGAUGAGAAAACUGGAGCUGAAAAUCCAGAUAAUUAGACAAUCGUAUUGUUAGUCAAAUUGUAAAUACAGCUGUGGUAAAUUAUAAUCUCAUCUUACUCUCCGAUAUAUAGAAUAUUAGCCACGUAAUGUCAUAUGUCUAUAUCUGAAAGUAUUGAGUAAGCUACUGAAGCGGCCAAGUUGUAAAUAUCUUUCAACAGUGCCUGUUUAUAUUUUUGCAAUCUAAUUAACUGAUAAUUUAAGUUUUGUAAUAUAGCAUUAAUAGGUAAUUACAAAAAUUAUUCUUGCAUGUUAGAAACAUCAUUUAUACAAAAGUUCACUGAU